AUGACGAUAACUUCCAAAACUCAAAUUCUUCCCCUUUCUCUCCAGGUCAUCGACUUCUCGGUUCCAAACCUCAAACCGGAAACACCCGAGUGGGACUCAGUGAGAUCCCGAGUCCGAAAAGCUCUAGAAGAAUAUGGAUGUUUCGAGGCCUUGUUCGAUGGAGCUUCUGUGGAGCUAAGGAAGGCAUUGUUCGACGCCUCAGAGGAAUUUUUUGAUUUACCAUUGGAGACCAAACUGAGUGCAAAGUCAUCAAAGAAUCGUAACAAGGGAUACUCCGGUCAGGUUCCGAAUAUGCCUUUGUUCGAAGGCAUAGGCUUUGACUGUGUAGAUAAUCCUGAGGUUAUCGAUGACUUGACUCACAAGGUUUGGCCUCAAGGCAACAUCACCUUCAGCAAGACUGUUCAGUCGUUUGCGGAGAAGUUGAUAGAACUAAACGUGAAGGUCAGGACAAUGAUCAUGGAAAGUUUUGGGCUCGACAAAUACGUGGAGGAGCAUCUUAACUCUGCGAAUAACCGAUUUCAGUUAUUUAAAUACAAAGGACUUGACGAUAAUACAAAAGACAAUAUAGGCAUUGACACUCAUAUCGAUAGAUAUUUCCUCACCAUACUUUGCCAGAACGACGUAGUAGAUGGCGUAGAGAUAAAAACCAAAGAUGGUGAAGAGUGGAUCAAAGCUAAGCCAUCUCAAGACUUUUCUUUCCUUGUUAUGGCCGGAGCUUCUCUUCAUGUAUUGUUGAAUGGUGAGGUGCUUCCUCCGCUUCACCGUGUGGUUAUAACCGGAAAGAAAGAUCGGUAUGUGGCUGGACUGUUCUUGCCUCCUAAAGAUGGACUUAUCAUAAAUGCGCCUGAGGAGAUGGUCGAUGAUGAACAUCCUCGUCUCUAUAAGCCUUUUGAUUUUGAGGCUUAUGUGAAAUUCACCAACAUAAAUACCAAGGGGAGAGGUCUAUCUGCGCUCAAGUCUAACUAUGCCCUAUAA